AAUUGUGACCUUGUUUGUUCUUGCAGUACUCUCAUGUUGCAUUCUAGGUGCACUCAGAUAAUUGGAAACGAAACGUAUCGAAAGUUCGGCUCUAAAUUCGCUUAUUUGAAGGGAAAUCCGACAACGAAGUGCCUGACAGAUUAUCCUCGGACCAACUUGUUUCCCCACGAAAGGCGAAAUCCUUCUCAAAAUAUGCAGCAGAACACGCUCAGCACAACCCUCAGCUUCGGGGGAGGGGAGGGUGGGGGUGAUGGUGUUCUGCAGGACUUGGAAAUUGCUGGAAGAUUAGUUGACAAGCACCUCAACUAUGAUUCAAGUUUUCCCUCCCUGUUGGAUAUGCUUAGGGUCUCUCCACAAGGAAGUGCAACCGUAAGUGGGCUGAGUGAGAGUGACUACCCGAACAGUGGUGACCCAAGGUCCAUAAGGCACCUCAGCUUUACCCGCAAGGUUCCUCUACCGUCAGAACUGAUGCACCAUUUCCAACGUAUCCUUUUCUUAGCCAGCCAGUUGUUAAAAUAUUCAAUCUUUGUUCUGUGUUUGAUACUGUUGAUGUGAUAUCUGAGAUGAGAGA